ACUAUUUUGAUAAGCUAUAUUUCUUUAUUUGAAAAUUAUUGCUUUAAAUUCAACUUUUUUGAUUGGGAGUAUAAGUCUUCCACCACUCAAACACAACCAAAAGACAGAAACUUUCUUUGUUCUUCUCUCUACCUAAUACUCUAUAGUAGUAUUCUUCAAUUAAUGCACGCGCUUCACAAGAUUUCAAAACCAACCCAUUUAAGUUCUUAGAUAAAGCUUCAAUCUUUGCUUCAUUCUCAACAAACCCAGAUCACCAUUUGCUUGCAUUUUGUUUCUAAAGACACAAUUUGAGUGUUUGUGUUUUUUUUGUUUCACCUAUGUUUGUGUCAAUGUACAAAAAAAGGUUGUCACUUUGUGUUUUUUCAUUGUCAUGGUUGUACAAUGGAAGUGUCGCUAUGGCUUCAAGUGAGAGCAGUAGCAGUUCUAAAGACCUUGAUCAGACACCAACAUGGGCUGUUGCUUGUGUUUGUACUGUUUUCAUCUUGAUUUCUCUAAUUCUUGAGAAAUCUCUUCACAAAAUUGGAACGUGGCUGGGAGAUAGACACAAGAAGGCUUUGCUUGAAGCUCUGGAAAAAGUCAAAGCUGAAUUGAUGAUAUUAGGUUUCCUUUCAUUGCUUUUGACUUUUGGACAGAGCUACAUUGUUAAAAUAUGUAUUCCUGCCAAUAUGGCAGACAAAUUGUUGCCAUGUCCAUAUAGAAGCAAACACGAUGGAAAUAAAGACGAUGCAAAUAACAAUGAGGAAAAUCGUAGGAAACUUCUCUUUUAUGAACACAGAUAUUUAUCAGAAGAUGCUACACCUUACCAAUGCAAGGAGGGACGCGAGCCUCUUAUAUCUGUCAAUGGAUUGCACCAGUUACACAUCCUCAUAUUCUUCUUAGCGGUCCUUCAUGUCAUAUACAGUGCUGUCACAAUGCUUCUUGGGAGACUAAAGAUACGAGGAUGGAAGACAUGGGAGGCAGAGACAUCAUCUCUUGGAAAUGAGUUUGCUAAUGAUCCUUCAAGAUUCCGGCUAACACAUGAAACAUCAUUUGUUAGACAACAUGCCACCAUUUGGACAAAAACUCCAAUUUUCUUCUAUAUAAGUUGCUUCUUUAGACAGUUUUAUAGAUCUGUCGGUAAAGCUGACUACCUGACUCUGCGCAAUGGAUUUAUCGCUGUCCACCUGUCACCGGGAAGUAAAUUCAACUUCCAAAAAUAUAUCAAACGAUCCUUGGAGGAUGACUUCAAGGUAGUUGUGGGAGUAAGUCCUGUUCUUUGGGCAUCAUUUGUUGUUUUCCUUCUCCUAAAUAUUAAUGGAUGGCAUGCUAUGAUUUGGGCAUCCGUAAUUCCUGUUGUUAUAAUUUUUGCUGUUGGAACAAAACUUCAAGCCACAUUGUCAAAGAUGGCUAUCGAAAUCACAGAAAGGCAUGCAGUUAUCCAAGGGAUUCCUCUUGUUCAAGGCUCAGACAAAUAUUUUUGGUUCGGGAAGCCUCAGUUAAUUCUUCAUCUUAUCCAUUUUGCCUUGUUCCAGAAUGCCUUUCAAAUAACAUAUUUCUUGUGGAUAUGGUAUUCUUUUGGUAUGAAAAAUUGUUUUCAUGCGGAUACCAAGGCCGCAAUAAUCAAAGUAGCUUUAGGGGUCUUGGCGCUAUGCCUUUGCAGCUACAUUACCCUUCCAUUAUAUGCUCUUGUUACUCAGAUGGGAUCAAGAAUGAAAAAAUCAAUAUUUGAUGAACAGACAUCAAAAGCCUUAAAAAAAUGGCACAAUACUGUUAAAAAGAAGAAAGGACUGAAACUAGGAAAGUCCAGCGUGCGAACUGUGGACGGAAGCACGCCUGAUUCAACUGUGCACUCCUCUACUAGCCCUAAAUUACACCGUUACAAAACCACCGGUCACUCAACUCGCACCGUUUCACCCUAUGGUGAUGACCAAGACGAUUACCAAUCUGAUAUUGAGCUGUCUCCGCCAUCAACAGCAAACUUGCUAACAGUAAGAGUAGAUCAUGUCGAACAAGAUGCAAAAGAAAAUGAACACCAAACCGUCAUAGAAACCAUUGAACGCCAACCAACAAUAAAAAGUAGCUAUUCAUUUGUCAAGCUUGAUCAUGCAGACAGAAGUGCAGAUUAAAUAGCAUUACAAGUUACUUCAUGCAACAAUUUUUUGGUUAGGUUACUCAUAUUAUAUCUUUAGAGCUUUCUAGAUAUUGGUAUACUUAAAUUAGAUAAGUUUUGUACAUCCUUUUUCUUAGAACAUUUGUCUGCAAUGGAAACUCUACCCUUCCUCUAAAUAAUGCUUAUAGUUAGAGCUUUAUUAUGAUUAGGCUUAAAUAUAAUUUUACUUUUUCAAGUAUUGUGGUUGUGUGAUUAAAAGAGAAUUAGACAAAGUAGCUAUGUCCAAUGACACUAGUCUGCAAUGAAUAUAUCUUUAAGCAAUUGUAUUUGAUUUUAUAUUUACAAAUUUUAUUAUUAAUAUUUA